AUGGACCAAGGUAACUUAGAGUUUCGGGAAGAUGCAGCUGAUUACAUUGUUCUAACUGUUAUACACAUAAAAUAUUUGGCAAUAUUUGCAAAUUUAUUUGGUUUAGUAGUAGUUGUAGCCAUAUUUGGCUGUGGAUUCGCAUUCUUUCCAUGGGCCUUAUACGAUACAUCAUUCGAUGUUAUUGCAUUAUUUGGUUUUUUCAUAUUUGUUAUCUCUGGAAUUACAGUUCAUUGGUUAGCUUUAUACUCAAUCCAUGCUACAAAGUAUCGUCUGAUGAUUCCCGUAAUCAUAUUCCAUUCAUUCAUUAUAGCUCUUGAAGGAAUUACAGUUUUGAUUGCAAUUGGAGAGUUAGUUGCUAAUCAGAAUGUAACUAUGGAUGAAAAUGACUUAGCGGCUAGAUAUGUAUUAAUUACUAAUCCAAUAAGUAUUUUGUAUGGAGUUCUUAUGAUCUAUAUAGUUGUUCGUGCGAAGUUCUAUGUUCGCAACAAACAUCGCCAUAUUCGAAAUGGAUUACCACCGCCUGUAAUGGAAGUUUCGCGUGAAGUUGUCUUUUUUCGAAACAAAAUAUUUUCGACAUCAGAAAAUUCUUCGAGUGAAGACGCUUCUAAUGCUCGUUCAACCGAUGACGUCAUUAUUGAAACAUCAUCAGAAACACAGGAAAAGCAGACUAGCCACUGA